CUGCAUACGAACACUGCUUCACCUAGAGACACCCCGCGCCUUCAUUACACGCAACCUCUCUCCCAUAGGUCAUUCUCACUAUGCCUAUCAAAACCAUCACCCCAAAAGCGCACUUCGUCGCGAAAACCACCGUCGUCAGCCCUCCCGCGGUCGAGCCGGCGCUUCUGCCAACCUCGACUACUGCGACACCAUUUCCUGCUUCGCGAAAGGUUUUUGUCAAUAUCGCGUACUCGGAGCAUAUUCCUGCGCCUCCGAAUGAUGUACCGCUGAACCAUCCCGCGUGGAAUUUGCCGCUCAUCGUUUCUGAGCCGCGGUUGGAUAAGGAUAAAGCUGGGAAGGACUCUACGGUGGUCGACGCCAUCUUCAGUAACACCGUCAAGACGCGCGUCCUGACAGACCCCGAGUUCAAGCUCGCUGUCAUCGAAACGGUCCUACAGCACCUCGAAUCUCUGCCUAAGCAUCGCGGCCUCAUCCUCAGCAGGCAGAUCUCGCAGCCUAACAUCGCGUCGAAGGGCAAGCUCGAGCCGCGCAAGGUCAAUGUGCCGGAUCCUACCCCCAAGGCCUCGCCUUCGAAGAGCGAGAUCGUGACGUCUGCGAACGCUGCCAGUUCGACGGCGCCGAAGUCGAUCCUGAAGAAUAGCGCUGCGCCUUUGCAAAACAGCGCAGCGUCAUCGAAGCCCUUGAUCGAGGAGAUCUCGUCUUCCGAGGCGCCUGCGUCCAAGGAGGAUGUUCCAGCGGCCGCCUUGCAAAAGCUGACGUACACGUACCACCGCGCGCUCACGGACGAGAAGGUGCAGAAUAUCGUGACAAUCCGGCUGCCGCAAGGCGUUUUGACGAACGAAACCCUCAAGCACACCACGCUCGACGUCGAGCCGCACCGUAUCAUCUUCGCGCUCCCGGGAUGCCAGACGCUGGACAUUACCAUCCCGAUGAGCAGCGGCAAGGCACCUGCGAAGGACCCAAUCGCGAUGCAGCUUGCGCGGGCUGCGCCGAUUGACAUCCAGGCGGUGCGCGCGGAGUGGAGGGUGAGGGAUGGGGUGGUGAGGGUGAUUUUCUGAUCGGUAGUGGGGUAGCGGAAUGGUCUUUGUGUAAUAUUCGCUUGCGUUAGGUGCGACAAGGACUUCACGUCCUGCUCAUACCUAGCUCACGAUACCUUCAUGGGUUCAAUUCGAGCACAAAUCAAGGUCGUUGACUUUGUCCGUGAAA